GAUCGAAAUUGUACAAAGAAGACAGAAUGUAUGCAACCAUAUGGACUCGAAUGAUGAUUAUAUUGCAAUAAACAAAACAAUAUAAUCUUUUCCAUCGUUGAUCCUUUCAAUCCUAAUUCCUCACAACAUUCAUUCAUUUUCUCACUAGGAUAUCAUCCAUCCUACUCAACAAUGUCAUCAAUCGACGUGGAAAAGAUGCCAUUGACGCCUAUUCGUCGGCAUAGAUUCAACCUAAGAAGGAUCAUCAUCUUGAUCUUAUCACUCUUGGUAAUGCACAGAAUCAUCCUUUUAUUAUUCGACACAAAACCGCCAGGCAAACAACACAUCGAAGUACAAACUGAUAGAGGUUAUGGUGAACUGUACAAAUUAUCAUGGCAAUCCUUAACACAAGCUCUCAAUACUGCCAGACCAAAAGUUGCAACUAUUGGUGACUUCAAGAGCGUGCCAGGUAUUCCAGUAGAAUCUGUGGAGAGUACAACUGCCAUCGACGCACUCAAUGUAGAACCUCACAUCGUUUCUUCCUUACAAGGCUCACAUGCCAGCUUUACCAAAAUACUCAAAGAAGAAGACAGGCUCAGCGUAAUCUAUCAAAGUGGACAACAAGGAAUCGUUGUAACUGCAACACUUCAUGAGUUACCUCAAUUGUUAAUCUCUCUAAGACUUUUACGCAGGACAAGAUCUUCUUUGCCAGUCGAAGUCUUCCUAUUGACUCAAGAUGAUUACGACUCCAAAUUGUGUCGCGAAAUAUUCCCCAAGUUGGAUGCUCAUUGCUCAAUCUUGGAAGAACACCUUGACAGUAGCCCUUUACCCACAAUGCCACAAAGUCGUAACGAAAGAAAGAUUCAAGCCCAAGAACCUCUCAAUAAAUUGUUGGCCGUAUUCUUUUCCCGUUUCGAAGAUGUUUUGGUAUUGGAUCCUUCCACUUUGGUGUACAAUAAUCCCGACAUUAUGCUAAAAGAAGAGCCUUUCUUGUCCACUGGUCUCUUGAUUUGGCCUGAUUUCUGGGCCUCAACUGUUUCACCUAAAUUGUUCACAAUUCAAAACGCUCCACAGGUCAAACGUAAUCGUCGUGAUAAUAUUCGAACGGUCGAUUUUGGACAAAUGGUCAUCUCAAAGUCCAUCCAUAGCGCCACUCUUUUGCUCUCAAUUUAUUACACAUACUUUGGUCCAAACUUGUACGAUUCUUUACAACAACAAAGCUCUGCUGGCGAAAGAGGUUCUCAAGCAAUCAAAUGUGCAGCUAGGUAUUUGGAAACACCUUAUUAUAUGAUGAAAAGACAAGUUGAAGCUGUUGGUUUCCCUGAUCUUGAUUCGGAUAAUAAAGGAUUUUACGGUGUUGCAAUGUUACAAGCAUUCGCUUCAGACGAUUUCCAUAGAUUGCCAAAAGAUCGUCAAAGACCACUCUUUAUUCGUCAAAACAAUCCAACCUUACAUCCUGCCUACGUCAUGGAUCGCAACAUUGCAGUAUUCAAAAAGCAACCCAGCACUGAAAAGGUGGAAGAAUCGAAAGCAAAAGCUGAUUCUGAUCCCAGCAAAAUCAUGCAGAAAGUCAAAGCAGCAGCACCCGCAGGAGAUUCAAUCAAGAAAGACCAAUCAAAUCCAUUCGCAAUUCCAUCCGUUGCACCUACAGAUGCAGAUCGUGGAUUGCAUCAUCGAAUGUGGGAAUGGUUUGGCGGUAGAUAUAUGUCAAACGGAUGGCGUGAUCCUGAUCCAGAGCGUGCUUUAUGGGAAGAAGUUGCAACUGUUGCUUGUGUCGAUUAUACACAUUUCCGUGUUUGGCCUUCUCGUGAUAACAAAGAAACGACUGAGAAUUGCGCAAGGAUCAACUAUCAUAGAGGUCAAUUGGGCUGGAAAGAAUUCUUUGUUCUUUGAUAGUUUCUUUCCCUUCUUUCCACAUGUAACAACAAUUUGCAACCAUCUUUAUAAUACCCUGCACUGCACCUCUAGAGCAUUCGCUCACAGAGAAUCGUUCAACUUCUUCACGUCAACUCCUUGGGCCUUACUUACCAUUCAUACACACAUAGACUAAUCAAUUAAAUCCAAUUGCACAAUACUGCUUUGAGCGUGAGUUUGAUCAGAUGAUGACUAUU